GUCCGGACCGGACACGAAGAGCGCACAGGGUCUGAUGCCCUCACGAUGAGGCCGGCGGCACCCGCAGCCGUCUCCCGAUGCCCACCCAUCCCGCCCCGUGCCUCCUCCAGUCCCUCCGUCACUGCCUCGCCGUCGGCCACCUUGACCUCGCCGUCGAUACCCUCCCCCUCCUCGCUCGCUGCGGCCUCCGCCCUGACUCCGCCACCCUCGCCCUCCUCCUCCGCUUGUGCCUCCGGUCCCCCGCCGCCCUUCCCUUAGCCGGCCGCGUCCACCUCUUCCUUCGCCUCUCCGGCCUCCUCUGUGUUGCCCCCACCCCUCCUCUCGCCAAUCACCUACUCGCCUUUCACUUCCUCCGCGGCCGCCCUGACGACGCUCGCCGCCUCUUCCGCCGGAUGGCCACCCCCAACCUCUUCUCCUUCAACACCAUGCUCGCAGGAUACGCCCGCCUCGGCAUGCUCCACCAAGCCAGGCGCCUCUUCGACCGCAUGCCCCACCGCGACGUCGUAUCGUGGAACACCAUGAUCCUCGCCCUCGCUCGCGCUGGCUGUUGCGGCGACGCCGUCGGCCUUUAUUCCCAGCUCCGCCGCUUCUCACUCGGGUUCAACGCCCACACUUUCUCCGGCGUCCUGGUCGCCUGCGUCCGGCUCGGGGAGGCGCACCUCGUCCGCCAGGUCCACGCCCAGGUGCUCCUUGUCGGGUUCUUGACCAAUAUCAUCAUCUCCAGCUCUCUGGUCAACUCUUACACGAAAUGUGGGUUUGUGGAUGAUGCCAGGAAGCUGUUUGAUGAGAUGCCUACCAGAGAUGUGCUAGCUUGGACUACCCUGGUUCACGGUCUUGCCAGCAGCGGCGACCUAGUUUCUGCUCGUAGGGUGUUUGAUGAGAUGCCGGAGAAGAAUUCCAUCUCCUGGACUGCCUUGAUUGGAAGUUACACACGCCAUGGCCACCCUUUCGAAGCUCUGGAUCUGUUUAGAAACAUGAUGAAAUUGGGAGUUCCGCCAGAUCAGUUCACUUUCAGCAGUGCCCUUUGUGCCUGCGGUGCUAUUGCUUCAGUGAAGCAUGGAAAGCAGAUCCAUGCUCGCUUGCUGAGAACCCGUUUCAGCCCAAAUGCCAUAGUCAUCAGUUCUCUCGUUGAUAUGUAUUCCAAGUGUGGGGAUCUGGCAGGAGGUCAAAGGGUUUUUGACCUUACGGAUGCUGGCAGGAUGGACACUGUGUUGUGGAAUACAAUGAUGUCGGCUGCUGGGCAGCAUGGUGAUGGAAUAGAGGCCGUUAAAAUGUUUGAGGAGAUGAUUAAAACAGGGACAAAGCCUGAUGCUAAUACUUUCAUAGUUCUUUUGACUGCAUGCAGUCAUUCAGGCCUUGUAGAGCAGGGGUUACAGUUAUUCUGUUCCAUGAGGAAACAACAUGGUGUUGUUCCGGAUGAAGAUCACUAUGUGUGUUUGGUAGACAUGCUGGGCCGAGCAGGGCGUCUUGAAGAGGCAACAGAAUGCCUCAGGGAGAUGCCUUGUGGACCCAGUGCUCGAGCAUGGAACGCAUUGCUAGGGGUUUGUAGGAUUCAUGGGAACUUACGGCUUGGAAGGAUGGUGGCACAAAGGGCUAUUAAGUCGGAUCCAGAAUGUCCGACAGCGUAUGUCCUGCUUUCAAAUUUCUAUGCAGAUCUUGGACGGUGGGAAUCUGUGGAGAAGGUCAGACACCUCAUGCAGGAGAACAAAGCAAUGAAAGAACGAGCUUCCAGCUGGAUUCCAUUUGAUAAUGAGAUCCAGUCUUUGGGAGCCUUGGAUCAAUUGCAGCCCGCGGAGGAGGUUGUAUGUGUCAGGAACAUUAGUUUGUCAGAUGAAGCAUAGUUCUCUGGUUCCCUGAGUUAGUAGCUCUAAAGAAGCACUUUUUUCUGUGUUAUGUGCAUGAAGUAGAACCACUGUUCCUUUUGGAUUCCAUGACCUUCAGCAAUGACCAGCAAACUCAGAAUUUUACAACUAAGUUUUUUUAAUAUAAAUCCAUUACUUUUGGUCAUUCUUUAAAAAAAUUAUGCUUGGCGGUUCAACUAACUUGCUUCAGCAAUUGUCCCAUAGGUCAUUUUUUAAUGUGCAUCUUGACCAUGUUGUGGUCUCUACUUGUUAUCACUCAGAUCAAUUUAAUAUUCUAAUUUACAUAUAAUUCUGAAAGCAUGUGAGAAUGUUAAUGGUGGUCGCUCUUGAUAUAAUAUACCUCAGAUUACAUCUUUUUCAUUAUAUUCUUAUACUUGUUACUGUUAAAUAUUUGAAUUGAUAGUACAGUUUGCAAAACUGUAAAUUUGAGGUUACACCAUUUCAAACUAUUGAUAGUUUAGGCAUAAUCUAGGAGAUGUAAUCUAUUUCGUUGUAGUUGCUGGCUGAUCUUGAUCAAGAGCUGACAUGUUGGGGGAAAAAAGGAGCUUGCAUGUUGAACUAAUGCUAGAGGGUACCCUCAGCUAGAUCAGAUUGGAAUUGGCUGAUUGAGUGGACCAUGAACAGUAUGUCAGAGGUUUCAACAUAAAUGAUGUUACAAUAUUGUUGUAUUGCAUUGGGGAGGCAUUGGGUUUUGCUCCCAAGGAGCAAGCAACUCUAGAAUGUGUAAGCAAUCUAAUUUACACUAUUUAUGUAUUGUGUACUAUCAAUAAGUUUGUUCAUUUAUCAACAUGGUGUUUGCGGGUGCACCUAGGUAGUUUGUGGCUUUAGUUCACCUAAGAGUCCUUGCUUGGACCAUCAUGUGUCCAUAUCAAUAAAUAUUCAUGUGUGAAACUAUAGUCUAUAAUAGUAUGGCUUGGCAGCUUCCUUUCCGUUUUCUUCUGUAGUGCCUAGGCAACAAUCCCAAAAGACUUGACAGGAUUAGCCAGGUAAAUGUAGAGAUCUAUGCUAUGUUUCUUCUAGUUGUCAUAUCUAAAGACUGGAUAGGUAUAUUUUUAUGCUAAACUUAAAUGCAGGAAGAGGUAGUCUCAGAUUUUGGGAAUUCAUAAAUAUUCAACUUAAUUGUUUAUCUAGUAUUUUAUACUUUUCUUUUAACAGAGACAUUAGGAUUUGCUCUUUCAAUGUUGCAGAUCAUGAUUCGAUGGAACACCUUUAUGUGUUGCACCAUAUGUCGAUAGUACAAAAGUAAACAUCUUCCUCGAAAAUUAUAGGGGAAAAUGGAAAAGAAGAGAUUUAUUAGCAUAACUAUUAUAUGUUUACUUAAGAUCCCUCCACAUCGCUUCCAUCAGUAGAUUAUCCAAGGUCAUGCAAAGCCAUACCAUGUUGUGCAGUUUGAAUGUUAGCAUGUAGUAAGGAUACAUGCUGAAGCCUUUGCCUAUGCUUGCCUCAGAAAAAUAUACGCCAAAGCUACUGCAAGGCAGACUGGACAUGGUUUUAUGAUAGGCAUCAAUUUGUGCAACAUUUAUGACUGUGCCGUCAAUAUCGUCGCAAGAUGUUGGAGAAGAACAAGUUUCAGUGGUUGGAUGGUCAGCAAGCAGGUUCCUUAAAAUCUCUGCCACUUCUCAGUAUUCUUUCUGCAGCAACUUGCCGAAGGUUGACUACUGAUUCAUAACGUUAGGCGAAGAGAAAAUAAUCUUAAAAGUUUGGUUCUUAUGAAUCUAUUUAUCGAUAAAAAUGGUCGUUCAGUGCGAGAGAUUUCGGCCAAUGUGGGGAUUUCUGGAACUCAGGCUUUAAUUAUCCAGCAGCAAAGCAGUAUCUAUUUGUUCAAUAAUAUCGAUCCUCGGGUCGAUAUUCUGUUCAAGAUUUAUUUGUAUUUGUGUUUUUUCUUUCUCUGACUGGUAAUGUGAUGUAAAAAGGUUCUGCUCCUUCCUUGUAGGUUUAGUAUUUCAGGGAUCAAACAUAUUUUCAUUGAGUUUUAGACAAUGUUACAUACAUAUAUUUUCAUCUACAUGUUGUUCUCCUGUUGUGA